CCCCAUCACCGACUUCCGCUUCCGGGUGGGCCCCCGCCGCCGCCCCGUUCCGCCAUGCCAUGUCCGCGCUCAACUGGAAACCCUUCGUCUACGGCGGCCUCGCCUCCAUCGUGGCCGAGUUCGGCACCUUCCCCGUGGAUCUCACCAAGACGCGGCUGCAGGUGCAGGGCCAGAGCGCCGAUGCCCGGUUCCGGGAGGUGCGGUACCGCGGUAUGUUCCAUGCCCUCUUCCGAAUCUGCCGGGAGGAGGGCGGCCGCGCUCUUUACUCGGGGAUCGCCCCUGCGCUGCUGAGACAGGCGUCCUACGGCACCAUAAAGAUCGGCAUUUACCAGAGUCUGAAGCGGCUGUUUGUGGAUCGCAUGGAAGAUGAAACGCUGCUCAUCAAUGUCAUCUGUGGAGUGGUCUCGGGGGUGAUCUCCUCGGCAAUUGCCAACCCCACGGAUGUGCUGAAGAUCCGAAUGCAGGCCCAGGGCAGUUUGUUCCAGGGCGGCAUGAUCGGCAGCUUCAUCGACAUCUACCAGCAGGAGGGUACCCGAGGCCUCUGGAGGGGUGUUGUCCCCACGGCUCAGAGAGCAGCCAUCGUGGUGGGGGUGGAACUGCCAGUCUACGACAUCACCAAGAAGCACUUAAUUGUGUCAGGCCUGAUGGGGGACACCAUCUUCGCCCACUUCGUCUCCAGUUUCACCUGCGGGCUGGCUGGGGCCAUUGCCUCCAACCCUGUGGACGUGGUGCGGACGCGGAUGAUGAACCAGCGGGCGAUCGUGGGGAGCACGGAGCUCUACAAGGGCACCCUGGAUGGGCUGGUGAAGACGUGGAAGAGUGAGGGCUUCUUUGCACUCUAUAAAGGUUUCUGGCCCAACUGGCUCCGGCUCGGUCCCUGGAACAUCAUUUUUUUUAUCACGUACGAGCAGCUGAAGCGCCUUCCCUUCUGAGCGCUGCCUUCGUUCCCCCGGAGCCGGGGGCCGUGGCUGCAGCCUCAGACUCCAUCUCACCCUCACAUCUCCCCGUGGCUCAGAACCCGUGGGUCCGGGCCGUCCCCCCUCCCCAAACGCAUGGUCCCUGGAGCAUGAUCCGCCCGAGGCGGAGCCGGGGGGCUGCUGGCGGGUGCUGCAUGUUUGAUUUUCCCCUCGGAGGCGAGUACGAAAGGUGUGUCUGGGCCUGAAGCAGUAUCUUCUGUGAAGAUGGGUGCAUUCCAGUGGCCUUUGGCUGCAGCCGCCGCUGGCUGUUGGGCUGGUGAGCGUUUUCCUGCCGUGCCCGGGGGCCAGGCCAGGGGCUGGGAAGGGACACAAUCAUGUUUUCUUGCAGAAUCGUAACCUCAUUAAAUUAUUUAUUGACUGGAUGCCUUGA